AUGGCUCCCACAACCACCAACGCCUGGUCUAUCACCGGCAUCAACAAGAACGGCAACAACUGGGACACUCUCGAGCUGAAGAAGAACGUCCCCAUCCCCAAGCUAGGCGACUAUGAUGUUCUCGUCCAGAUUGAGGCCGUCUCUUUGAACUACCGUGACUUGGCCAUCCCUAAGGGUCUCUACCCCUUCCCGGUUAGCUUCCCCCGCGUCCCGGCAUCCGACGGCGCCGGCCGUGUUCUCGCUGUCGGCUCCAAGGUCACGAAUCUCAAGGAGGGCGACAACAUUGCCACUCUCUUCAACCAGCACCACCAGGCCAACCCCAUCACUCCCCUUGGCGUGAAGAGCGGUCUCGGCGGCGCACUCGACGGCACCCUCCGUCAGUACGCUGUGUUCCCCGAGCACGGCCUCGUCAAGUCACCCAAGACCCUCAGCUCCGUCGAGGCUGCCACCCUGCCCUGUGCACCCCUGACCGCCUGGAACGCCCUCUACGGCCUGCAGUCCAAGGCCCUGAAGCCCGGCGAAUACGUCCUCACUCAGGGCACCGGUGGCGUCAGCUUGUCCGCCAUCCAGUUUGCCGUUGCUGCCGGCGCGAUCGUCAUCGCAACGACCUCGUCUGCCGCCAAGGGAGAGCAGCUCAAGAAGCUCGGCGCCCACCAUGUCAUCAACUACAAGGAGACGCCCAACUGGGGUGAGGUUGCUAAGUCAUUGACCCCCGACAACGUCGGCGUUGACCACAUCAUUGAGGUCGGCGGCCCCGGUACCGUUGCGCAGUCUCUCAAAGCCGUCAAGCUCGAGGGUGUCAUUUCCAUCAUCGGCUUCCUGUCCCACGGCGACAGCCCCAAGGACCAGCCUACGCUGCUGGACGCUCUUGCCAACAUUUGCACCAUUCGCGGUAUCUUUGUCGGCUCGAAGCAGCAGUUUGAGGAGAUGAACCAGGCGAUCGACGCCAACAAGAUCAAGCCUGUCGUCGACAAGAAGAUCUUUGGCUUUGAGGAAGUCAAGAACGCCUACCAAUACCAGUGGGACCAGAAGCACUUCGGCAAGGUUGUUAUCAAGAUUUGA